AUGGAGAAGUUCCCGGCGGCGGUGGCGGCGGCGACGGCAGCUCGCCAGCAGGGCGCAGUGGGCCACGGCGCUCACAGCAGCAGCAGUAGCAGCAGCAGCAAUAGCAGCAGCAGGAGCAGCAGCAAUAGGAGCAGCAGCAGCAGCAGCAACAGGAGCAGCAAUAGGAGCAGCAGCCCCAGCGAGUCCGGCAGCACAGCAGCGGAUGCGGCAGCAGGCGAGCAGCAGCAGAUAGAGCAACUCUGGCAGAUGCAGCUGCAGCAGCAGCACAGCAGCAGCAGCAGCAGCAGCAGCAGCAACAGCAGCAGCACCUGA